AUGGCAUCUUUCAUGAUCUUCAAACAAGUCGACGGCAAAUUUCAGAAGGACUCUGUCGAUGCAGAUGCAUUUCUUAAGACACGACCAGAACCAGGGGUUCAAUUUGUCUUCGCCAAAUGGGAUGUAUUCAUGGGGAACAAACAGCUCCGGGACGUGAUGUGCGCCAACUGGGCAUAUCCGCCAAUGCUAUGGACAAAGACCUGCCAUGAAGCCAACGGCUAUGCGGGAAGUUCAAACAGCCUCGACGAGGACCAGACAACGUUGGUGGACACCUCGUGGUUCCAGUUCCUGAUCAAGCAGUUGAGAGGCGGCGCAAAUGCCCUGCAGCAAGUCUACGCUUACGACUGGUAUGAGAUGGGAUUUUUCACCUACACUCUCUCCACUGGCGCCUCGGUGGCCUUUUGCAUCGACACCCCACCAGUCUUCCAGGAUGGACUCCUCGAGGCACUCAACUCGCAGGAAAGCCAUCAUCCGCCAAAUGAGGGUAUGGGAUUCCUGCAGAGCGCGAUCAUCGCAGAGGUAUCAAGGCUGUACGAUGUCUCGGUGUGGACACUGAGGCAUCAGAUCAGGGAUAUUGAAAAGACCCGAUCCGCCGCGCGCUACGUCGACUCGGUCCUCGAUUUUGCCCAAUUGCAUGACCUCGCUCGACACACCAUUCACACGUGCGAAGUCCUGGCCGUGGCCGUCGACACGCUCAACACGCUGUUGGGUGACUACCGUUCUGGUUCCGGGGACGUCUGUGACUGUCGACGUACGACCACCGGCCGUUUGGCAAAGCCAGACUGCCCCCACAAUGAGAUGCGGUUUUGGCUGGGACUGCUCCAGAACUUUGGGCGACGAGCCACGUCUCUGAACGAGAGGCUGUCCAACGAGAUCAAUCUGGGCUUCAACCUCGUGGUCCAACGGGAUACACGGGAGACGGUCAUGAUUAGCAGAAUGACAGUCGAUAUCAGCAGUGCGGCAAGGAAGGACAGUGCAUCGAUGAAGACGAUCGCAGUGGUCACUCUCGCAUUCCUGCCAGCCACAUUUGUUUGCGUAAGUCAUCUCCUUUCGGCGCUGACGCUCUCGACAGGUCCAAUCAAUUUGUCGUUCCCGGCACAGCUAACAGCGCAACCAACCCUGCAGACCAUCUUCAGCAUGAGCUUCUUCACCCUCAACGUCAACGACACCACGGGGGAGAAACACUGGCUGAUCUCGGACCGGUUCUGGAUCUACUGGGUCAUCACCAUGCCAUUGACGGUUCUGACCUUGAUCUGUUGGUGGUAUGGGCAACGCAAGGAGGACCGACGCGAGAAGGCUAGACAGCCGAGUUGGAAACUUGGUGCCGAGUCGUAG